CGACGACCUGUUUUGCUCCUCGCGUUGAUGAUGGUCGUCAACGUGGUCAUAAAUGUAUACGUUGGUUUGUUUCAUAUAUCAUAUUCUGUGGUAGCGUCGGGUAGCACAGCCAUAUGCGUCGAGUUCUACACUUCAGAUUCAGCGCAAGAUAUCGCUCAAAAGUAUUGUUUUUAGUCAAUACGGUCUGUGGUACAAUCGCCGUGAUCACGACGCUUGCAAUUCUCUGGCACAAGCUAUAUAGUCACCAUAGACUAGCCGCCACGGACCUCCUGUCUACGAGCCAUCCAUCGCUUGCAGCACUGCUGCUCAGAGACGGCACAAUUCAACUAACCACAAUACUACUACUGAACUUAUUACAUACCUUAUUGGAGCUCCUGGGUCUCAGUAUUCUAUUCAUCAUCGGAGAUUUGGAAUGCUCGCUCACUUCCGUUCUGAUCUCUCGUAUCCUCCUCAAUAUCCGAGCCGCAGCGCGAUCCACACGCGGAGAGCAGUCCCAAACGCCCUCUUUCGUCCGGUCGCAACGUGCGCUCCAGACAGAAGCGGACGUCGAGAACAUGUCGUUCGAAUUGAACGUCCUCGGCAGCACCGAGCAAGCCCCGGAGACUGAUCAUCCUCACGUACAGGACUCUACGAGACAUGAUCAAAUCAUUGCCGAACCGCGCAGCAUGGUAAACAAUGUUGUUACUGCCGGCGAUGCCCAUCAGGACAUGAAUGAGGAAGAGGGGAUGGACGGUGUUGAGGAAGAAAUGCAGUCAGAUUGGGAGGACGAGGAGUAAGGGGGAAGAAUGGGUGUCCGAGUCGUGCUGUCAGAUUCACGGUGAUUGCGUGUUUGAUUGCUAUUUGUGAGUGGCACGUCAGCCUUCGUACA